UAAGAUUAUCACAGAACGUAAUUGAAUCAAUCAUCACACACUUUAAUUUCUCAAUCGACAUCUUUCAUAGUGUCAUAAUAAUAACAUGGAGGAGGAGAAACACCACCACCACCUAUUCCACCACAAGGACAAGGAAGAGGAGGGACCCGUGGAUUACGAAAAGGAGAUCAAACACCAUAAGCAUCUUGAGCAAAUCGGUGAACUUGGCACUGCUGCUGCCGGUGUCUACGCCUUGCAUGAGAAACAUGAGGCAAAGAAAGAUCCAGAGCAUGCACAUAAACACAAGAUAGAGGAGGAGAUUGCAGCAGCUGCUGCUGUUGGUGCAGGCGGAUAUGCAUUCCAUGAGCACCACGACAAGAAGGAUGCCAAGAAAGAGAAAAAGAAGCUGAGGGAGGACACCACCACCACCACCACUUCUAAAUUACAUUAGUUGGUUUUAAUUAUACUUUCAAGUUUUAAUAUUUGUUGAAUUUCCCUUUUCUGUAUGGAGAUCAGUCGAGUUUUCAUACUGUCAUGCUCGGUCUUUAGUAGAUGUGUGAUUUCCUAAAUAAUCGUGUGUGUGUGUGUGUGUGUGUUUUUUUUAACUUCCCUCGCAAUUUUCUGUUGAACUACCUUGUGUAUAGUUGCUCUUUAAGUGGCGUAAUAAAUGGCUUUCUUGUGAA